CUUGAGACUGCUCUUCUGGAGAUUGAGAUCAUGAAUGACUCUAAAAUGUGCAAAAAUGUUGAUUACAGAUUUCACCCAAAUAAAUUUCAUUUUCCCAAACAAGGAUGAAUACUCCAAUAUAAAGAAGGAUAUGAUGAAUCUAUUUGAAAGAAUAUGAGUGGAAAAAGAGAACUUAAUUACUUAAAAACUAUCACACCAUUCAUUUGUCAUAAUACUAAAUUAAUUGGAAUCUUUCAAGUUCAAAAGAAGUCGAGACAUCUCCGGAAGUUCCUACAGUCUUCAAUCUCUUGAACUCUUACAAAGUUUUGUUUCCAAUUUGAAGACUCUUAUAGGCACUAUAGUCAUUGGUAUUUUGGUGAAAUUAUGAGAAUAAGUCCAAGAGUAAACAAGAAAGUAGAUCUGACUAAUUUCAAUCUGAAUUUCAGUCAACUAAAAGGAGUUCUAACCUCAUCCAAGCAUAUUAGGUCAAUAUUAUUAUACAAAUGCAAACUUAUGAUCCCAGAUGUUCCAGAUUUCUCUGAUUCUCUCAACAAUGCUCAGGUCAGAUACCUCAGAUUGUACUCAACACUCUUCUGGGAGGAAAAUGACAUUGAGAAUAGUUUUGAAGCGUUGUCUAAUUUUAUUCAAGGGCUAGCAACUUCUGAAGACUUUAGAGCAUCUCUGAAGAAAUUGAAGGUCAAAUUUUGUAGCUUAGACAGAAAUAAAGUGCAAGCAGUUCUUGAUGAGAAUGGAUUAAAGGGAACUUAA